CCGGCCCCGCUGCUCGGUGUCGUAGCGGGUAUGGAUGGCGGGUCUCUGUCUCUGCGCUCCGCUCACUCACAGCGCCGCACGCCCGGGGAUUACUGCAGCCUCCGCCGCGGGGUCUGAGAUGCUAUUACGCGGAGAAUUUAGUCAGACGUUGAGGCUGUAUUUUGAGAGUAAACUGUAGUAAUUGAGGCGGGUGAUUUAUCUCUCCUUAUCUCUCUCUCUGUGUAUUUUUCUCUCAGUUUUUCUCCCGCGUCUCUCAGUCUAUCUUUCUCUCAGCCUCUGUAGCUAAGCUAACUUAAGCUAAGCUAAGCUAACUAGCUAGCCUCCAUAUUCAAAAUGGCGGACAACGAGGAGGAGGGUAGCACCAGUGCAGCCAGCGCUGCCACAGUCACUGCUCAGCCCGGGGACGAGUCCCUCAGCGCGGCUCAGCCUCAGACUCCAGCCGGUGACCUACCGAGAGCUGAAGGCGAAGACCGAGGCGAGCCCUGCGAAGUUACGGUGGUCGGUUCGACCGUUGACGUUGACGAAGGCUCCGGCCAGGCCUCGCUCCUCCACAGCGGGUCAGCAGAAGCCGAGGCGAAAGAGGAGCUUAUCGGAGCCACGCAGGAGCUGCACAUUCUGGGCACUGAAGUAUUAACCUCCUUCGUGCAGACUUCCGAAAGCGUGGACGGAGCCGUGGCCUCCGAGUGCGCCACCGUUAGCGGCGAGUUUCUGAACGCGCUCGCUCCCGCCACCACCAUCAUCUACGUCCAGCCGGACGGCAGCUUCGUGGAGAGCUCCGGGCUUUCCGCGGAGGAGCAGCAGCAGCUUAUCGAGCAGCUCUCGAAGCAGCAGCUCGUCCAGGUCACGGGCAGCGAGGCGGCCCGCAUCUUCGAGCCGCCACACCCCCCCAAAACCCCGGCCUCCUCCUCCGUUAGUGCCGCGGCCUCCGCCCCCUCUCACACGGUCAGAACUGCAGCCAUAACCCCGGCAGACGUCCAACAGGUGGUGGAGCACGUUCACAAGUCCCAGGCGAGCCCGGCCCGCUCUACCACCACCACCGUACAGAUCCCACACAAAAUACAGCCGCGGACCACCGUCGCAGCUCAGCCCACCUCUUUCAUAACGCUGGAAGCGGGCAGCCUGAUCUCCGGAGCCCCGCUGACCGCCACGCUCCAGCCGCAGCCCUUCACCAUCGUUCAGAACGCCGCGCAGCAGCUGCAGACCGCCGCCAAGCAGGUCGUCCUACAGCAGCAGCAGUCCCAGAACGGAACCCUGAUCCAGCCCAAGCCUACAGAACCGAUCCACAUUCAAGUACAGACCCCACUAAAACAACAAGAGCUCAAACAGCGGCAAGCUGCUCCCAUCACAAUCCUGCAGUCGCCAGUGAAAGUCUCUACCGUAGGGACCGUCACCACGCCUCAGAUUAUCCACAUCACCCCCGUGCCCGGACAGCAGCAGUACUUUCUACAGAAUCCAGGAGAGCCUCCUAUUCAGCUGCUUCUGCAGAAGCCGGCUCCGGUGGUCAGCAGCAUUUCUCUCCCAAUUGUGCGUAAAAUUCAAGCUCCUUCUGUGGCGUCUACAGCAGUGACUCCUGCUGUGGCUUCUACAGUAACGUCUACGGUUGUUCCUGCGGUUUCUCCUAAGGUUGCUCCUAAGGUUGUUCCUGCUGUAGCUUCUCCUGUUGCUCCUGCUUUGGUUCCUGCAGUGGUUCCUAUAGUUUCUUCCACAGUUAAACCUAAAGUCACCCUAAGCCCUACUCCUGUAAAAACUCCUGUAGCUAAGCCAGCAGUCGUGGCCACUCCCCCCACCUUAAUCUUGACUCCAACUCGCCCCACCACCGCCGUCUCGUCACCAACAACUAAGGUAUUGACUCCUCCAACCAAGAUCACCACGGUGGUCACCAAGGUGGUGGCUCCUACUGUUGAAAAGGAAAAACCCAAAGUGAAGAACCGUCAGAAGAAGCCUCUGAAAAUCAAGACCCGCUCUGGCCGGGUAUCCCGCCCUCCUAAACACAAAGUGAAGGACUACAAAUUCAUCAAAAACGAGGACCUGGCCGAGAGCCACCAGUCCGAUUCUGAUGACUACUCCGAAAUAAGCGUAGAGGAUGAAGAAGGUGAGGACGGCAAGAAGAAGGGAGCAGAUGAUGGAUUAUCACUCCGCAAAAAAGCCUUUAAAUGUGAAAUGUGUGAGAAAUCCUACAUCGGCUUGGCUGGGCUGAACAGACACUACAGAAUUAAGCCCAGUCACGACAAAAACCAGACUCGCUCUUCAACAGAGAGAGACUCCAAACCUUCAGAGGAACAGAGCGGAAAAGGAGCCACCAAAACUAGUCUUGUGAAAACGGCCUCCACUCAAAAGGUGCAGGCAGACUCCACAAGACCCAUAGAAAAACGCAGACCUGGGAGGCCGAAGGGAUCAGGAAACAAGGGAACUAGUCUUCCCAAACGGCUCGGACGGAAACCCAAGAGAGGAAGACGAGGACGACCCCCCAAGCACCUCACUGCAGCAGCUACUAAGGAGCAGCUGGAACAGAAACGAAGAAAUCGUCUGACGGAGUUUAUUCAGCAGUAUGAUGAUGAGGACCUGAUUGAGAUUGUUCUUCCACGUCUAGCGAAGGUCAUGACCGUGUGGGAGUUUGUAGUGAUGAAGGCAAAAAAGGGCCAGCAAUCAAAACAGCAGUUCCCCAGCGUGUAUCAUGAGUUUGAGUUAUUACACAAUGAAGUGAAGAGGAUGGCGGAGGAGCACUUCAGUAUUGCACCGGCUUCCCGACCAGCUCUAGACGUUACCAACAUGGAGGUCUUAAAAUCUCUGGGUAUAUCUGAUCCUCCGAGUGCACUGACGCACCUGAACUCCACUGUGGGACAGCCAGGUACAGCCCGGCCGAACCAGGCCGUGAAGAGCCUGCGCAGUAUUGAGAAUACUAAAAUGCUACCGCCUGCGAAGAGAUUUAAAAUGGAAAACUGCGUUGAGAAAAACUCAAACUCAGAGAUGGUUAAUCAGAACGGCAUCCAGAAGGAGGAAUCUGCUGACGGUUCCUCAGAACUGCGCGAGCCUCAGUUGGUUUUGACUCGUCUGGAGAACAUUAAUUCUGAUCCUGUGGCUGGAGAAGAGUCGACAGACUCGGAUAAUAAAGCACAGGAAGAAAGGACUGAAGAAGAGGAACCGAUGGACACGGCAGAUGCUCCUCACGAAUCGGAGGACGUCAGACUUCAGGAAGACGCUCAGGAGCAGGUUUCUGAGGUUCUGACCAGCGGAGAAAGUGUGGAUGUUUCAGAUCAGAUGGAACAGCUGGAGCAGGCCCUGAGCACAGACGCUGAACACGAGAGCGGCGCUCCUCAGGAGACAGCGGGAGAUCUACAGGACGGAAACUGUGAUCCUCCAGACGUGGGCAGCUUGAGUGAGGUAGAAACUGUGGGAGAAGCUGUUGAGAGUCAGGAGAUACAGCCUGGCCAUGCUGAGGAGGUUUUCAUUCAGACAGCAGAGGGCCUGGUGAGGCAGAGCGCUGAAGAACUCGCCUCUAAAGGUAUCGUGAUUGUGAACGGGCCUGAUGGCACCACCAUGCAUAUAGAGGCACCGGAAGGGGUUCCUUUAGAAACUGUCCACGCUCUGCUCGGUAUUGAAACUGAGAGAACGACUUGAGGAGGGAGUUCCAGCUUCCCAAACUCAUCUGUAAUUGGUCAUCCACUCCGAGCACACUGUCUGUCUGCAUUGUGGUCUUUUCCAGUGUUUUUUUCAAGGAACUUUUUAUUGCGAUUCUUUGUAAAUUUGUAAAAAAACAAAACAAAAGUAUUAUCAUUAUUGUAGAUUAGCCCAUUGUUUCAGUUUAGUCUUUUUGUUAAAUGUGAGAUCCUGAGAUUUAGGAGUUUGACACGGACUUGUUACCUUCACAUUUCUUUAUUUCUUUAUUCUAGCUGCCAAACGUUUUACUUCUCCCCCCACCUCCCCCUCGAGCAGCAGCGCUGGGAUGCAGGCGUACACACCUCCGUUCCAUGAAUUUGGGUUUGUGUGUAUUAUAUAAUUAUAUAUAUAUAUAUAAUUCAGACUGGAAGUUUAAGUUCUACUACAGCAUGGAAGAGAAGAAGGUUGGUUGAAUGCUGAGCUGAGUUUGAGUAGUACCGGUUCACGACUCGUUUGUAUUAAACCUCGUUUGAGGAUUGAGGUUUAAUGGAGUUUGAUUCAGAUGUGCUUCGUGGGAAAAAGUGUUAAAAACAAACUUUAGAUCUGAGAAACACACACAGGAAGAAGAAAGGGGACGAACAUGUCUUAAGUGUCUGAAGUCCCGGUUGACCUCUUUUGAUAAGUGUUUCAUUGUUACAUGUUAAAUAGUAGUUUGUCCAGUUCAAUGGUUGUUUAAAAAAGAAAAAGAAGAAGAAAUAUUUUAUUACUUUUUAUAUAAUCUUUGGGCAUACUGUGUUUUUUCAAAACAUCUCGACAUUUGUAAUACCAAGGGGGAAAAAAAGUUGAGCAGAUGACAUUAAAACAAUUAAAUCUU